UUUUUGCCGUAUUGGCAUCAAAACUUGAGAUGUGAAUCUGUAAAGCAUUCUGCUGAGAAUUUAGUAAAUAAGAUGCAUAUGCUGCAGAAGAGUAAUCCUGUGAUGUUCCUCUGGAAGGAUCUAAUUGAGCUCAUCGUAUGGAAGUGUGUGACGUCCUGUAGAGAUGUGUGAUUAUAAUCAUCAUUAAUAAAGCAUUAUUAAAACAGUUAACCUCUAGACCCAUUCAGACGUCAGAGAGUUGAGAAGUGAGACUCGAUCUAAUGAUAGAAGAGCAGCUUUACCCUCCAGUGCCCUUCUGCGUUCCCCUUUCACACCGUGACCCCAGUUCAUCGUCACGCUGCCAGCGAGGCCAUCGUUAGAUGUGUGUGACUCUAUUAAAGUCUCUGAUUAAUUACGGUCUCAUUAGUCUUAAGCAGUGAGGAUGAAGUCGUGUCACUCUCUCCGUCCGUCAGGUGAGUAUAUAAAACUCAGACGAUUCGCUCUCCUGAUCCACUGAUCGACACACUCCUCACAAUGUCUGGAAGCAGUGUGUGUGUUCCUCUGCUCUGUCUGCUGUACGUCUGCUCCGCCUGCUACAUCUCCAACUGCCCUAUAGGGGGCAAACGAUCCCUCUCGGACGCUCCGUCCCGCAAGUGUAUGGCGUGUGGUCCGGGGAAUAAGGGCCGUUGUUUCGGCCCCAGUAUCUGCUGCGGAGCCGGUCUGGGUUGUCUGGUUGGAUCUCCAGAGACGCUGACCUGCAUGGAGGAGAAUCUCCUGCCCGGCCCCUGUGAGACGGGCGGGACGUCCUGCGGAGCCGAAGGGGGCGUCUGCGCCGCUCCGGGCGUCUGCUGCGACUCGGAGAGCUGCAGCGCUGACCCGUCCUGUUCGGCUGAAGACGGGAACAGUGACGUCCUGAUGAGGAUCCUGCAGCUGCACGCCCACAGCACAGCCCACCAAUGAGAGGAGCAGGAACACAGAGCUCCGCCUCUAUGCAAAUCAUCUUCUGUUUUCUGUUCAUGAUUGUUGAAUAAAUCUAGACUGAAUCAGAUUGGCUGCUUCACAUCAUUGAUUCUGACAACACAUUAAUAACUAUUCCCAACACAGUUGUUAUUGUUAACUAAAACAUUUAAAACCAUUUUAGAUGAUUUGAAAUCAAAUAAACAUGAA